AUGGAAGGAGGGACGACUCAUCGUAGAUCUGCAAGGACAAGGGAAAACAUGAUGAAGUCUCUCAUCCUUCUACCCGCUCUUCUGUUGCUGGCAAAUGCCGAAUCCUCAAAGCGGUUCCUCUUCUCCUUGGGAGGAGGUGGCUCGGUCCAGGUGGCCGCGAGUGCGGAAUUGGCAGCGGAGUUGAAUACAGACUUCUCCGCUGUCAUCGGCUCCGUGGAGAACAUCUUCAACAUCACCAAGGACCAGGCCCAACAGAUCCUCACCCGCAUGAACGCCGCCGCGGCGAAAUUCCAGAACCAUCCGCUUUUCCAGAAGAUCAAGGCCAACCUGCAGGCCAUCGCAUCGGGAGAUUCCAGCAAAAUCCAGGCUCUCUACGACCAGGUCGCGCCUCUGAUCUUCUGCCUCCGUUUGGCGCAGCUGUUCGGGACCACCGUCGACGCGAUCUUGAAGCAAGGUCCCCAGCAGUUUCAAUCUUCCCUCCUGAUGGCGUACGAGAUCGCCAAGUCCGUAGCGGAGCAGGACAUCGCCUUCAAACUGGCACUCCUCCAAGCGGGUGUGGACACCCUCAACGCGAUCUACGAUCGAUUCAAUGCCGCCAACCAGAUCUGCGCCGCCCAGGGCGCAGCUAAUGCGAUGAUGCAGAAAUUCGGAGACCUCUUCCUUGCCCUAAGGAAUGGAGCGACCGCCAACGCGGACCAAGCCGGCGAUCUCCUCCAACGCAUGGCGCAACUGGCGGCUUGUCGCUGGGAAACGGUUUGGCCGGACGUGCAGAGCUCCGUCCAGGGGUUCCAGUCGACCAUGAACUCGUUCUGGACUAAUCUGGUGUCACAGGCCCAAAACAACAUGAACGCCCUCACCGCCGCUGGCAACAGCUUCGUCAACCUGCUUGUCAAUACCGCCCAAAGCAUCUUUGGAGGACUCCUCGGGCUCUUGGGCAGUCUUACCUCGGCCAUCUUCGGCUCCUGCACGUCCUGUUCUUCUGGCUGAUCGUCACUCCGUUCCUCCAGAUUCCGUCCCACGUCUUGCCUAAUAAAUAUAUCAAGCAAAGCACUC